AUGGGUAAAGAGAAGAGUCACAUCAACAUUGUGGUCAUUGGCCAUGUCGACUCUGGAAAGUCGACCACCACUGGGCACUUGAUCUACAAGCUUGGAGGUAUUGACAAGCGUGUCAUUGAGAGGUUUGAGAAGGAAGCUGCUGAGAUGAACAAGAGGUCAUUCAAGUAUGCUUGGGUGCUUGACAAGCUCAAGGCAGAGCGUGAGCGUGGUAUUACCAUUGAUAUUGCCUUGUGGAAGUUCGAGACCACUAAGUACUACUGCACUGUCAUUGAUGCUCCUGGACAUCGUGAUUUUAUCAAGAACAUGAUUACUGGAACUUCACAGGCCGACUGCGCUGUGCUCAUCAUUGAUUCCACCACUGGUGGUUUUGAAGCUGGUAUCUCUAAGGAUGGGCAGACCCGUGAGCAUGCUCUCCUUGCCUUCACCCUUGGUGUCAAGCAAAUGAUCUGCUGCUGUAACAAGGUGUGUGUGUGUGUGUUUUUCUUGUCUCUUCUUUCAAGUUAA